AUGAAACUCUCUCUCUUUGAGAAUUUUCCCGAUAUGAGCGACAGCCGCGGUGGCCAAUUUCAGGCCGUUUUGGUCGCUUUCCUAGUCUUGUGCACUUUCAGUGUUGCUGCGCGGUGCUAUACGAGAAUAGCGCUUGUAAAGAUAUUCGCCCUUGAGGACUGGCUAGCAGUGGUGGCAUUUGUGUUCUAUUGUGUCUUUACUGCUGCCGCUUUAGCAUCCAUCAGCUACGGAAAUGGAUCUCAUGUCGCGGACGUACCUCUCGAACAACGGCCGAAGGCGAUAAUGUGGCGAUGGAUCGCCAUUACUUUCUAUAUCCUAGUCUCAGGCCUCACCAAGCUGGUCGUUGGGAUUUUCUUGACGCGUGUCUGUACGAGGCAACGAUGGCAGAACAUUACAUUAUGGGUAAUGAUGGGUAUCGUGGCUGUCUACAGCAUUUUCUAUGCCCUACUCAACAUCAACUCCUGCCACCCUAUUGAACAUGAGUGGCUACGAUACGGCGUUGAGCCAACGGAUCUUACGAACUGCAAUGAUCCAUUGCUUGGCAAAAUUCCGACCUAUAUUUCGGCAUUUCUAAAUGUCAUAGUGGAUUGGAUUCUAGCCAUUGUGCCAGCAACCGUUUUGUGGAAUUUGAAGAUGGAAAAGAGACUCAAGAUUACGACAUAUAUUGUGCUGGCGAUCGGAUCGAUAGCCUCCGUUGCAUCCAUCGUACGUAUUCCGUAUGCUCAGGACUUCCUCAUUGCCCCAGAUUAUCUCUACAGGUUCACAAAUCUCGGAAUCUGGAGCACCGUGGAGAUCGGCGCCGGUCUUGCAGCUUCGUGCUUGGCAACCCUGAAACCCCUAUUCCGAAAAUUCAGGUUCCUUAAUUCCUCACGUCGGUAUAAUGCUGGUGAUUCAACCGUGAGUGGUACCAUGGAGUAUCAUCCUGGCAGGCAGAGCGUACCAAGAGUGCAUCAGCCGGAUAUUCAGACUCAUUUUGCGAUGGUGAAGAUCACGUCGGAAGGGAAAUUUUCAAAACUCGCAGACGUAGAUUCAAUAACCAUGAAGAGGGAAGUGUCGGUCACCGAUAUUGUUUAA